AUGGAAGAACACUUGACUUUAACUGAAGAAGAUUUUAAAGCAGCAGCAAUAGAAGAGAAAAAACGUCGUCAUGAUGUUAUGGCACAUGUUCAUACAUUUGGUUUAGUUGCACCAAAAGCAGCUGGAGUGAUUCAUUUGGGAGCAACUAUUGUGGUGAUUGAUCGUUUGAGUAGAUUUGCUGAUACCUAUAAAGGUUUACCAACUUUGGGUUUUACUCAUUUUCAACCAGCUCAAUUAACCACUGUUGGUAAAAGAACUACACUUUGGCUUCAGGUUGAACAACGAAUUACUUUGGGAUUAAGGAAUUUUGAACGUGCGAAAAAUGAUAUUGCAUUUCGUGGUGUUAAAGAAGAACUUGAUAGACGAGUUACUGAAUUAUUAGAUUUUAAAGAAGCAUAUCCAGUAACAAGACAAACAUAUUCACCUACAGAUAUUAGGCUGUUGGAAAAUCUCAAAGAGAUAGAAGAACCAUUCGAGAAGGAUCAAAUAGGUAGUUCUGCUAUGGCAUAUAAAAGAAAUCCUAUGCAAUGUGAAAGGGUUUGUAGUCUGGCUAGACAUCUGAUGACACUCAAUAACAAUGCCUUGAUGACCAAUAGUGUACAAUGGUUAGAAAGAACUUUAGAUGAUAGACAUAUAUUGGAAGGACUUGUAGUCUAUCCUAAAGUUAUAGAACAUCAUAUAGCACAUGAAUUGCCUUUUAUGGCAACAGAGAAUAUUAUAAUGACAAUGACAUGUCAUGAAGAGAUUAGAGUCUUAAGUCAUCAAGCUGCAAAAAAAGUCAAGGAUGAUGGUGAAGAAAAUGAUUUAAUUGAGAGAAUUAAAAAGACUGAAUAUUUUAAACCAAUUUGGGAUGAGCUUGAAUCAUUGCUGGAUUCAAAACAUUUAUUGGGCGUGCACCACAACAAGUUGAUAAAAUUUUAA